AUGUCCGAGCCCACGUUCGGAGCGCUGCGUCGUGACGUCCUCCUGACCUCGUUCAGCCGCCCCGCGGACGCACGCGCGCGCGACGGCGCCGCCGCCGCCGCCGCGGAUGCGCCGUCAACCGCGCCGACAUCCUGCGUCGCCCUCGCGCGUGCGCUGCGUCGAGGCGCCUACGACGACGUCCUGCGGUCGCCCACCGUCCUCGCCGCGCUCGGCGUCGACGCGAACGACGCGCGGGAAGACGCGCGCGCGCAUUACGAAGCGCUGGGCGCCGCGGCGCGAGACGCGCGGGACGACGAAGGCGCGUUCGCCGUCGCGUGCGCGGGCGUCGCGGCGCUGUACGCGUUCGUGCGAGCGACAGUGACCGGACCGAGGAUUGGAAAUGCGCGAGCGACGCCUUUUCUGGACGCGACGGCGCGCGAGGCGAGGGACGAGGCGUGGGACGCGUACGCGCGAGAGCGGCUGUCGCUCGACGGGGAGGAUUUAGUGGGGAGGUGCGAUAUGCCGCAGUAUUUGUACCUGGCGCGCGUGCUUUUGCUCGAUCGGUUCGCAACGUCGUUGGCGUGGCUGCAAACGUUAGACGUGCCGGCGUUGACCCUGAAGGACGCGCGCGCGGCGGUGCCCGUGGGCGCGGUGGCGAAGCGGACGUCGCACGACGCGAUGUGCGCGUGGUUCGCGGCGCGCGUUGCCAUCACGCAGCAGCGAGCGUUGGCGGGGCAGUCGCCGACGUUGCGUGGGGAAUUAUUGGGAUUACAUGCGUAUAAUUUAGCGACAUUUGCGCCGGUGAGAGUGGAAGGGCAGACACCGCACCGCGAGGACGUCGUCUUCGAGGCGAUGGCUCGCCUGGAGGCGUCGUUGAUGGAACACCAAUACGGACACGUCGACAGCGCUUAUGUUUUGCAGCGCGGUGCGGCGGCGGCGUUCGGUUUGAAGCAUGAGAUCGGUGGUGUUUUAGGUUACCGAACGAUUCAUCAGCAAGAUGCCAAGUCCCAGCUCGUGCUCAACGUUGAAUUAGAUUCGAUGGAUUGGGGCGAGAGCGACGACGAAGACGAGGACGAAGAUGAGGGCGAGCUAGACGAUUUAGAGCUCGAGGGACGUUCGCAGGCUAUGGCACGCAUCGCCACAGAAUUGACGGGUUUAAGCGAAGACGGCAGUCAGAUUCUUACGAGACCUCGUUUGAUGGAAGGCAUGCCACCGCCGGCGCAAAUGCCCUCCGCGGCGCAAGCGAUCCUCAUCGCCGCGGCUAUUACGGUUCGUAAAAAGCAAGCCGACGAUGGGUUGAGAAGUUACGAAAUGGCACCGUACACCGAAUUUGUAGGUGCGCAGCAAAAGUCACAACCAAUUCUUCGUGCCGCGACGACGGUCUUGACGUCGAGAUAUGAACGCGAUCGCGCGCGUACCCGCGAAAGAUCGCUAUUAGUGCUCGAAGACUUGGUACAGACGCUCGAGCGUUCGCACCCGAAGGUGUCGUCUCGCAUGCGCUUCGUAUUUUCUACGUGGUUCCCUCCCGCGAUGACGCUGAAGAAAGAACUCGGCGAGCAGCUCGUGAGCAUCGGUAUGGUUGGCGCAGCGCUCGAACUGUUUGAGGAGGUCGAGCUGUGGGAUUCGCUCAUCGUUUGCUUGAGUUUAUUGGGCAAGAAACAACAAGCGGCCGACCUAGUGCGACGGCGCUUGCAGGCAGAUGAUACCAAUCCUAAACUUUGGUGCGCGCUCGGUGACGCUCUCGAUGACGAACAAUACUACUGGAAAGCUUGGGAAGUGAGCGGCGAGCGCAACGCCAGGGCGAAGCGGUCUCUGGCGCGCCGCGCCGCGGCGAGAGAGGAUUGGGCUAAUGCCGCAGAGCACUGGAUGGAUGCGCUUAAAAUUAACCCAUUGUUUCCAGACGGAUGGUUUUCCGGUGGAUACGCGUGCUUGAAAUGCGAUCGAACCGACGACGCGCUCGCGGCUUUCGUGCGAUGCACGCAAAUAGACGUUGAAAACGGGCAGGCGUGGAACAACGUCGCGGCGCUAAGCAUUCGUCUCGGACGGUUCACCGCGGCGCACACGGCUUUGUGCGAAGCGAUCAAGCAUCAACGCACAAGCUGGCACACCUGGGAAAAUCACGCGAUGGUAUGCGCCAAGGUCGGGAAGUUCGCGACGAGCGCUUUGGCGUUGCUCAAGGUGCUCGAACUCACGCAGGGCGCACGCGUGCACGUGGAGACCGUUCAGACUUUGCUUGAACGCGUGAGGGAAGCGCGAGCCGAUCCGACGGGAGCGAAGUGGAUUCAAGACGCCGCAAGCUGGGAACAAGAAGAUGCCGCUGUCGAGGACGAAGAAGAGGAGUCGUGGGCAGAUAUGAAAAUGGGCGACCUCGCAGCGGACAUGCUUGCGGCGUUCUCUGGCAUCGAUUUGCCAACGAUUUCUUACGCGGCGAAAACCGAAUCUGCGCACCCUUCUGGCAUGCCUCGCGUUGCCUUACAACUCGAAGCCGCGCUGGAGCAAGUUCUCGUUCGAUCUGCAACCGGCGGUAGCGGUGGCGAGCGUAAAGUUCAAGAGACAUCGCAAAUUUGGGCCAUGCUCGGCGAGUACAAAUCCAUCCUUGGAGAGUACGAAGAAGCGACGGAUGCCCGAUUGAAGAGCGUUCGCGCGCUGGAUUCUUCGGGAUGGCGUAAAGACUUCGAUUCGUACGAAGACUACGCCGCGGUGACAAAAGUCAUGGUUGAAGGCGUUUUGAACGACAUCGAAGCCGGUAGAGGCGGAAGCGCGGACAGUCUCAGGCUUCACGUCAAGAGUGUCGUCAAGGUUGGCGAAAAGCAAGGCUUCGAGGAAUCAGACGCGUACGCGCAGAUGUCUUCAUUGCUCGAGAAAGUGAAUGCAUUAUCUAGUUAGCCCUUU